AUGUCGGCAGUCAAGUUGGACUCAAACGCAUGGUACGCCAUCUCAGAGGGGCGUGUAGCCAACGUAUCGGACCCUCUCACGACGAAUCUGCAGGAUACGGAUAGUGGGCUCAGAGUAUUCAGCAAAACGGACGCAAUGUGGCAAUUUCAACCUACUGGCGAUAAGGACGGACGAUAUCUCGUAAGGCUGAACUCUGCCGGCGUGGGCAAACAGCUUUCUGUAUGCUGGACCUCAGAGGAGGUUCACCCUAGCAGAACGAGAGGGUGCUUGAGAAGAACGGAGUCGGACGAGAGUCAACAGUGGGACAUUACUGAAUGGGAAAACGAGAAAGGCACACUCAAGUUCACCAAUGUUGCCAACGGCACAGGAUAUGUCCUUGACGUCCACCCUGGGAGCAACUUGUUCAUGUCGAGUGAGAUCGAGGGCACCAACGGCGUGUCAGCACGUCAGCCUGCCCAACAUUGGAUCAUGACGAGUUCCAAGGCGGUUGAUGAUGGGGCGUACUCCACCAUCUACUCUGCGGGCACAACUCCCGUCAGUUCAGCAUCACCGACUGCUACCGCGACAGGAACCAACGGUGGAGCAGUGACCCCUACAGCUACUGAUGGUUCUGCUACCCCGAGCUCAAGCCCUGGCCCUUCAUCAUCUGCAGAGCUCUCAUCAGGUGCUGCUGCUGGUAUCGGAGUGGGUGUUUCUUUAGGAGUCAUUGCAAUCUUGGGCGCUGCGUUCUUCUUUUGGUGGCGCCGCAGAAAGGCCUCCAGAAACACAUCAGGGCCGCAGAACGACUAUCGCUACGAGCUUGGACAUGACGGCGGCACCGUUGAAAAGAUGAGCCCGGGAACUAUGAAUGCUUCCACCAUUAGUUCGUCCACGCCGGAGUCCAAGGUGCUAGGCCAUAUGCAAUCGCAUGCGCAUGCUGCUGAAGCCAACGCGAACCCAAUAUACGAAGCUCCAAACGAUACCCGAUACGAGUUAGACUCUGGAAUGAGUGCUCCUACUCAUACCCACGCCCAAAACGAACUGCAUGUUAGCAACGCGAGACAAUACACAUAG